AUGAACAGAGACCACCUGGAGAUCAUUCCACGGCCUGAACUGGACAUCUACCUAGACGAUACCUCAUGUCGUGCGUUAGCAGCGCAGAUUCCCGUGCUGGUGUUGAACGUUGAGUAUCGAUUGGCACCAGAGAAUCCAUUUCCAACUGGCUUCGAGGGUAUUUUUGAUGUCGUCCGCUGGAUUGCCUCUCACGGAUCCUCUCAUCUACCCAUCAACUUGCAGCGAGGAUUCAUUCUAGGUGACACAUCUGCCGGUGCUAAAUUUACUGCUGGCAUUGCCCAUCCUGCCGUGCAAGAAGGACUGGCACCAGCAUUGACGGGCCUGUUGUUCCUGGCAGGUGGCUUUUGUCACCCCAAUGUACGCCCAGAGGAGUAUCGUGAUCGAAUACUAAGUGUAGAUGAGAUCAAUGAUGUGCUGGGAUUUACGCGGAAAUCCAUUGACUAUUUCGCGGCCAAGUAUGGAGCUCCGCCGGAUGAUAAGCGUCUCUCGCCGCUUCUUUUUGAAUCGCAUGCCAAUCUGGCGAAGAGGCAUUGGCAGAAGGACUUGGUCGAGGGUGUUCAAUUCCUCUUGGAAUAA